AUGGUGUUCUGUGAAAGGAAAUCCCAGGAGUCGGUUGUUGUUGAGCUUCCAGCAUUAGCCAGAGCUGAAGCCAAUCAAGGAGACGUAGGGAUAGAUGAAAAUGCAGACAUCAGACAAGGAGAUGACGUGGCAUUGGCAUAUUACCGCAAGGCACGUCAAACAGAGAUUUCUGAGGCAGAGCAAAAACGGGUCUUGAGAAAGAUCGAUCUUCAUCUGAUGCCACUUCUUAUGGUCAGUGGCUUCCUACAAUACCUCGACAAGCAGUCUCUCAAUUAUUCUGUUAUUUAUGAACUCCGAGAGGACCUUGGCCUUGUGGGCAAGCAGUUCUCAUGGGUCAGCUCGAUGUUCUACUUCGGCUAUCUGGUGUGGCAGUUCCCGUCUCUCUUGCUGCUACAAAAAUUCCCUGUGGGAAAAUAUUUUUCCCUUCAAGUGUUUGCGUGGGGAUGUUUCAGCUUACUUAUGGCCACGACUUCCAACUUUGGCGGUCUGGCCGCGCUACGAUUCUUGCUCGGUGCAGCCGAAUCAGUUCAAUUAGCCGCGUUUGUCAUCAUAACCAACAUGUACUAUAAACGUGAGGAGCAUGCAUACCGCCUCAUGCUAUGGUAUGCUAUGAAUGGAGUAGCAAUUAUCGCGGGAGGACUUUUUGCUUAUGGAGUUGGUCACAUCAGGAGCAGCGUGGCUCUGUGGAAGUUCCCUUUCCUUGUCUGUGGCUCCUUGUCAACUGCCUGGUCUGUUGUUUUACUCUUCCUUUUGCCGUCAAACCCAACCUCGGCUUGGUUCUUGAACGAAACCGAACGCGCCAUUGCAAUUGCGAGGGUUUAUGAGAAUAAGACCGGUGUUGAAUCCAAGACCUUCAAGCGAGACCAGGCCGUUGAAGCCCUUAAGGACCCUAAAGUUUGGCUCAAUGCCAUUUCAACGGGAGCAGGAAAUAUCCUCGGUGGAGUUUCCGCUUUUGCUGGGUUGAUCAUCAAAGGCUUCGGAUUCAGCGCAUUACAGACACAACUUCUGCAGUGUCCAACCGGACUCAUCGAACUGAUUUCCUUGCUCGUCUUUUGUAGCGCUGCCACCUUCAUACCCAAUUCUCGUCUAACCCUCUCUCUCGUAGCGACUGCAGUCGCGCUCGCCGGCAGCAUUAUGCUGUAUGCAGUCAAUCUCAAUCAUCGAUGGGCACUUAUCUCAGGGUUCUGGCUUAUGACAGGUUUCAUUCCCAACUCUUUUAUCCUCGGCCUUGGUACCGUCUCAGCUAAUAUUGGUGGUCACACCAAAAAGUUGACGGCCCAAGCUGUGUUUUUUAUCUGUUACUCUGUUGGUAAUAUUGUCGGCCCACAGCUCUAUACCUCAGCCCCAUAUCGGCAAGGCCUACGAGCAAAUGUUGUAACCUUGGUCGUCGUCCUAGUCACAAACAGUCUGAACAUUGUCUACAUGAUAUAUGAAAAUAGGCAGCGGAGGAAAUAUCUCGAUGCUAACAAAGACCACUUGAGAGAAGAAGACUAUGCUUUUCGGGACUACACUGACAAGCAGAAUCCCUUUUGCUUCAAUAUAUUGUAG